UUUCAUUUUAAUGUGAAAGGUGAAAAAGGUAAAAGUUUUCAUUUUCUGUCGAGCAAAACAGGACGCUGCUACGUCAUCAGGCUCUGAACCAAUCGCCGUGCUUAACUUUUGCUACGUCAUCAUGUCACCCAACAACUUCAUCAUCCUUCUGUUAGCCUGUUCAUCUGUUGCUGUUGGAGGCUACAGGAUAUCCCGGCGUGGGGUGUGUCCUGUCAAUGCCGCUACUUUACUACACAGGUGCACGACGGGAACUGCUAACCCCUAUUACACGGACUAUGACCCUGAGUACUGCGCGCAGCUGAGACGAGCGAUGAGGUGCGUGCAGUCACUGGAGUUCACCUGUCGCGACUCUCACGAUCCUGCCUUCCAACAGAUACUCGACAACCUUCCAUUCAGUCUGCAAAGUAUAACUGAGAACUGCGGGACAAUCUAGUGUCAAGUCCUACGGAGACCUGAGAGUCAAAGAAACUUCAACUGCGCGAUAACCACGUGACUUCGCGUCUGAUGAUAGAAAGAGGACAGUGAACACUGCUUACAGAGAAACACACACACACACACCGGGUCCUUAUGUUUAAUAAUUGCGCUUAGUCUACUUCCGUUUGGUGAGAAAUUUCGUUUUUCAUGACUUUUACAAUCUUCUUUGUUUCUUAUUUGAUAAUCUGUUCCAAGAGAAAAUAAGAAUUAAAUGACUUAAUCCAAGAAAUCGUUUCGAAUUCACGGCAUCAGCCUAACGAAACGGUGAAACGUAUUUCCUUUUGAUGUCCCUUCCCUAAUAUGACAGGUUGACAGCUCAUGUUCGGUAAUAGGGGCACGACGU